UGGACUUGCUGGUUACACCUCACAAGGCCACAGACUUGACGGUGGGCAAAAUCUACGCCGCCAUGAUGAUCAUGGAAUACUACCGGCAGAGCAAGACGAAAAAGCUGCAGGCCCUGCGAGAGGAACAGGCCAUGUCAUGUAUCUCACACAGAACCGAACGCCAUUAAUGUUUCAGCGCAUGGAGCCGCCCUCUGAGGGAGGGGGCACGGACGGCCAGGGGGGGCAGGGCCAGAACGGCCUCUCCAGCACCCAACCAGACAACAUCAACAGCAUACCUCCCGAGGGUGGCAUGACUGAGAGCCAGUCGUGGGUAACAGCUAAAGCCCAGGAAAUGUUCCAAAAGACGGGUAACUGGAGCCCUGACAGACCCUACCCCGAUGACCUUCACGACAACCGUCACAACCCCCAGACGGUAGAGAUGAGGGAGAUGGGGCGGGACGGGUACUCCGACACUGAGCCCUAUCACCCAAUGGAUGGGCAUGGGCGGACCCUCUCCAUGCCCCGCCUCUCGGCAGACAACCAACGGAGGAGACACAGGCCUCGCGGAAAUAACCUCAGUACCAUCACUGACACAAGUCCAAUGCGUCGCUCUACGUCUAGCCUAGUCCACGGGCGUACAGGCAGGGGCGUGAGACUGGAUGACUACUCCCUGGAAAGGGUGGUGUCUGAGGAAGGCAGACAUGGAGGACGCAGGCACAGGGACAGAAGCCACCGUACCUCACAGCGCUCGCUGACCAGAUACACUGACGCAGACACAGGCCUGGGCACAGACCUCAGCACCACCACACAGUCAGGUGACCUGCCACCCAAGGAGCGCGAGCGGGACCGUGGCCGGACCAAGGACCGUCGUCACCACCAUCACCAUCACCAUCAUCACGGUUCAAUAGACAAGGAACGCUACAGUCAUGACCGCCACGAUUACUCCCACAGGCAUCCCCAUGACCGCCACUGGUCCCGGUCACCCAGUGAGGGACCUGAUGGACGAGGUCACAGACAGGGCAGUAGUUCGGUGAGCGGCAGCCCGGUUCCCUCCACCUCGGGGACCAGCACUCCAAGGAGAGGCCGCCGCCAGUUGCCUCAGACCCCUGCCGUCCCACGUCCACAUGUCACCUACUCCCCCGCUGUUCGCAAGCCCAGCUAUGGCCCCCCAGGGCCAGGCCGCCUGCGUUCACCCUCUCCACGACACUUCUCCCCUCCAGACCAUGACAGAGGCUACCACCACCGACCCCCGUCACGCCACGCCUCUCCCCACCAUGGGGGGUCCUCAUCCCGGCAUGGUUCGCCACGUUCCCCUAGGCACCAGUCCCCACGCUCGCCGCUCCACGGCUCGCCCAGGUCCCCUCACCGAAGCCGCUGGAGUGGGCCUCCACCUGGGGACAGCCUGGAGGGUGACGGGCCCUUCUACGAGAGAGAUUAUGAGUAUGAGCGGCACCAUGAGCCUCCCGCCUAUGAGCAGAGCCUCUCCCACGGCAACCCUCACCCACAUGGAGGGAAUCCUCACCCACACCAACGCUCACCUAGGACUGCCCGCCAUGGGCCCCCUCCACCCCCUCACCCACAUCCACGUAGGGUACCCAAUGGUUACCGCUCAUCCUCACCUUCCCCACAUCGACGGGGACCACCAGGGGUACCGCCUCACCCACACCACCGGCCUCCCCAUGCCAGAGGGCCCCGCAAGGGCCUGCAUGAACCCUAUAGUGAGACGGACGAGGAUGACUGGUGCUAGCGACCACAAAGAGCAUGGGAUAUGGCAGGAGAGGAGAAAACAAACAGCAGUCUCCAGUGCUGUGGCCUUGGAUAUGUAGACUUAAAAACAAAACAAAAAACAAAAAGUAGUGGUGGUAAAAAUGCUGGGAGGGGUUGGAUACCCUCAAAAACCCUCUACCUUCAACCCUCAGACUAUGACCGUGCACGGGGUGGAGGGGUGGGGGACUGCAGAAAAGACUUUUACACAUUUUGUGUAAGACUCAAAUCAGUGACAUAGCAGCACUCGGGUAAAAAGAAAAAGAGACCGCCAAGGCCCGGACACAGUUUACCUCUGCCUCUCUCAGUCUCAGAACUACACUUUCCAGAAUCAGCCUUGAUCCUCAAGACCUGGCUGCAGGAGGAGAAGAAAGGUGUGGGAAUGGAAAGCAAGGGAGGAGCAUGAGGUUAUUAGAAUGUGCUCACUGCGUGUUACGAGACCCAAAAGCACUUCUCUCAGACUGAUGCCUGAUUGCUUAGAUUUGCUAGACGUGUGCUAUCUGUCACUGGCUAGACUGCUACUGUAAAAGCCUGAAAAUGAGCUAGUCCACUACUUGGACUUUGCUCCUAGACAGAUACGUUUAAAGAAACAUCAAUUAAUAAAAAGCCAGGACCCCCUAACCCUUACAUGCCAAGCUAUGCCUCCAGAAAAUCAAACUUGAACAAUGAAGAACACAGUGAAACUUUACAUGACAAACAGUGAAAAGAAAAAAAAAGGGAGAACAACCACUUUAUCUAGAACCUUUUUCCUAUCCAACGACAGAACCAGGAAGCUCCGCCUAUACUGCAAAAACCAGCCAAUCACAGCGCUGGCUGAUAUUUGAUGAGUUUUAUCAUCUCUGUUUACUGUUAAGGACUCACAUAGUGCUGAUGGAACUGAUGUGACAUCACUUCCUGUCCAGCAGGUGGCGGUAGUAGUGGUGGCAGGGGGAUGAGGCACAGUGUGGGCUCACUUCCUGUUCAAUUGCACUGGUGGGCUGGGCUCAGGUAACUAGAGAAGGGAGUCGGACACUUUGUCAAGCCCCUUCCCUCUCUGUUACAGAGGAUGACCUGACAGGAAAUGACAUCACACAGUUAAACAGGGCGGAGGAGAGGAGAGGAGGGAUGGGGAAAAAAAGACUAAUUUCUUCAGUAUUUCUUCUGUCAGUUACUUCUCCUUCUUGUUCUUCUUAGGACAUUGGAGCUUGGUUCUUCUGUUGCAUUCGCUCAGCCUCCUUUGAUCUUUUUCAGAGUUCAAAAUUUGAUGGAAACCUGCAUGAUUGAUUAAAUACAUACUAGAGAGGAAAUCUAACUGGUGUGGGUGGGACCUGGGGGCUUUGUAGGAAACUUUGCAUUUAGGUUUACAAAAGAAGCUCCCUUCUUUCCAACUCUGUCUCUCUCUCUCUCUCAGAUCUCAGAAGUAAUUUUUUGGUUCCUUUUUAGCUGGAGCAAGCUUUGAUGGUUGGGUAUUUUAUUUGUCUCUGUUUCUGCGCAGAGCGCUGUUACUGCAACCCGUCAAAAGACAAAGGAACAUCUUAAAGUUUCAGUUUGUGCUUGAAAAACAAGAGGGAGAAAGAGUGGGGAGAAGCGAACCUCUGCCACACUUUAUUAAUUAUUGUUAAUGAUAACACUUUUAUGAAUAAUGAUAUCAAUGUCAAUGCAAAACGAUGGUGACAAUGAUGAUGAUAAUGGUGAUGAUUGAUUGAAUUGUUGCUGUAGAUUUGUUGUCAUGUUAUUUGGAGUUAUGCUAUGUAUGCUAUGUUCAUCCUGUUUACAUCCAUUAUGUUGUUAUUCCCCAUCUGAUGACGUUUACCGGGUUCCUGAUGCCUUUCCUCGACGCUUCGAGGCAACGGCGGCUUGGGAACAUUCCCUGAGCAGCAUUGCGUGUUGUAAUGCAACUCUUAAAAUACACUUUCUCUCCAGAACGGUGGAUUUGGAGGUCCGAGGAGUCUCAGUAUCUGGCCUGCAGUGGUUCAGAAGGGGUCAGUACUCUUGUCAAGCCAACCCAAAGAUCAAUAAUUCAUGUUCAGAGCGAGAGGUCGAACGGUUUAUUGAGAGCGGCCAAAACUUUGUCUUCACUUCGCACUAAAGAGGUGCUCAGAAAAGGUUAAAGUUCUACUGAGACUGAAUUCUCCCACUUGCAGCCAAAAAAAAGCUUUUCAAUCUGUUCGGUUCUGUAUUACUUUUUUUUUUUUUUAAAGUGAGAUCACCACAGUAUUGUUGCUACAGUGUUGGUGUCAGUCAGUAUUUUUGCCACCUUAUAGCAGUGAUGAGCAUACAUUAUUUGCCCUACCUUCCCCAUCUACAGGACGGCCUCUGGGCCACAUCCUAGUUUCAAGAUCCGAAGUGAAACCUCACCUUUCACUUCUGUCUCUGCAGGAUAAUGUAAGUUAGGUCCUAGUCUUUUGCAGGAAACAGGGAUGUAGCCUGAGAGAUGAUAUCUGUCCGUUUGCCAGUCCGCCCUUCUGCUUGCUGGUCUGUGCCAAUGCUGACCCACCCUAUAACCCCUUCUCUCAGGUCUGGCUAACCAGAGUCAACUAGUCUCCCCAAUUUCAGUCAUGUGAGGUUGCAGCAAAGAUGAAACCAUUCCCCGCCGAAACCCACUUCAGUAUCCACCAGCCUUCUCUCUCCUCGUUAUCCUGUUUUGCUGUCCAUUUGCUUUGACAUCUGUUCUUUCAGCUUGGCAGAGAGUGAUGCUGAAGGUUCAGGGCAGAAACACUUAGGACUAAUAAUUUCAUCCGUACAACACUUAUUGAAUAUUCAAUGACUCUAGGACAAAAUAAAUGAUAAAGUAUAGAUAAAUAUAGUUGAUUACCUACAGAUAAAUCUAGAUAUAAUAUCGUAGAUGUAGUUAUAGACAACCGAGUAUAAUUAGAGUUUCAGAUAAAUAUUUAUUUUGCAUACGGAUCAUGUUCAUGACAAAGUCAAGACUCUAGCUACUCUUGAAACCUCGCGCUGUUUUCUUCGCAGUUUGCAAAAGCCAGAAAACAAACCCCAGUCCACGUGUUGACUCUAUGCAGACCUCAUACCCAUCCUCAUCGUAUUACUUCAGAGGUGAAACUGCGACGCUGUGGUACUGUAAAACUGACUGGAGAUACAGAUCUGGGAAAAUGUGAACAUUGGCACUAAUUUUUGCACACAUCAUGUGACAUCACACCCCAACCCCAGUGAAAUCCCUUUCAUGCACCUCUGUAACGAUCUUUUUCCUUCCAUCCUCUGGCUGAUCCCUUUUUUCCCCUCUAUGAAUUUCUGUUCUGUCCAGAGAUGUGUUGCCUCCAGGCCUCAUAUUUGAGCAUAGCAUAGGGAAGAUGGGGAUAAGGGGGGGCGGGGUUUGUUUUGCUGAUUGUUCAUUUGUUUGGUGAGCACACAGGGGCGCAAAACCCAAAACCCCUCUGUCCUCACCUACAAUCAAGAGAGGUUACGGCAGGAGGGGAAUCUUCCCCAAAGCCCCCUACAGAGCCACAGUGCCUUCUGUAUCUGAGUCACAUUUGUCACACCCCAUUUCGCCCCCCCCACCCCCACCCCUUAACCCUCUGUAGUAGAUGAGAUCAACCACACUACGCCUUAAAAGUUGAGUCCCACUGGCUCCCAUGCUAGCAUAGAAACAGGGAGAGUGGUGAUUUUGAGACUGGGCCAUGGUGAGGAAACAGUCAAAAGGCUAGACUUGAAGCAGGGAACGCAACAUCACAUCCAGAAUGGGAUGGAAGAGUUUCAAACUCCCAUUCAAACACACAGAUUUUUGUAAAAAAGUUGCCAAAUCCUAAGAGAUCCACACAGUUGGAAUCAAAGCCUUGUGGUUUUGGCCUCUAAAUGACCAUCAUUUCAGGAUCCUGCUAACUGGCUAGCCCUCUUGGCUUUGGUGUGGCACCACUCCGUGUCCAUCCCAGAGAUGUCCUGGCUCCGGUUUCAGGCGGUGUAGUGAGAGUUUUACAGAGGUGCAUAGCAGUUUGCUUACUUCUCAGGUCCCUCUAGAGUUAGGUAGCUAGAUAGAAAACGUAGCGAAGCGUCGGCUGCAUGACACGCAGGCCUCGGAUUGAGUUAUUGUAUGGUUUUACCUGGUGUGGUGUCAGAGGUUAGACCGUUAACCCCACCUUUCUCCUUUCACUAACACAUCACACACUCUGGCUCCCCACCUCUCCAUCAGCAGCCUGCCGACGCACCAACAUGCCACGCUGUUGACAGGCAGGCAGGAAAAAGCCACCUCCAUUUUGGCUCCAUGACACCACUCGCCUGUCCAGAAUUGUAACAGCAGAUCCAAAAUGGCCAACACACAAAACUGCAUUUUGGCGAAAGCAUGUUGUGUGUGAGCAUUUCCAAAAGCAAAUACCAUGAUUUAAAAAAAAAAAAUAGUGAGCAUUUUGACCUUUAUUUGUCUGCUGGUGUUUCACCUUUUUCUUUUUUUGAAGGGGGGGGGGGCUGUAAGGUUUUUUGCUCAGUCAUCACUUCUCGCUGCAUCUGCUUUGCAUCUUCACCUCUGGCUUCUGUCAUCUUUCUAAACGUGCGACUUAUCACUUUUGGAUUUUCUUCUUCCUUCUGGGACGAAGGAAAAACGAACUGAUGCACCAACCCAUCCGCUCAGUCGGCUGUGAAAUUGUGUCAGCGGGUCAGUCGUGAGGCAACAUGUCCAAAAAAAAAAAAAAACAAAAAAACAGAAAUAAGGGCUCUCUUUAAAAAGAAAACUAACAAAAAAAAACACUAAACCGUGGGUUUUAAUGUACAGUAGUGCUGCCAAAAGUUGUGCUUAUGUAGCUAAAGCCACUCUGUGGUCUCCCCCUUUGUACAGCACUAAAUGUGUGCAUGCGUGUGUGUGUGUAGGGGGUCAAGAGCAAGA